AUGUCCCUCCCCAGAUCCCUCUCAUUCCUCCGUCAAGGUACAGGUGGACAGAUCCUCGACAUCUACCUCGACCCACUCUGUCCGUACUCUGCCAAAAUCACCAGAUCACUCACGACAAACGUCCUCCCACUGAUCAAGAAAGGAGGUAAAUACGAAGGUAAAUUGAGUGUGGUCGCCAGGCUCUAUCCUCAACCAUUCCACUAUUACGGCCCAUUCCACAUAGAAGCUUUGAUCGUAUUUGGUAGACUCUACCCGGAUCUCUUCUGGGAUUACCUCACAGCGAUAUUCGAAACUCAAACCGAAUAUUUCAAUCAACCUUCAGCGACCAUCACACCCUCCGAAGCUCGAGACAAGUUGACUCACCUUGCUACCGAUCUCUUAGAGAAGAAACAUAAAGUGGAAGGACCUAAAUCCAAAUUGUUCGGUGAGAUCAGAGAUAAGUUGGAAAAUAAAGGUAGUCCCAAUGGAGGUACGGAAGCCACAGACGAUAUAAAGUAUCUUGUUAAAGUGGGACGUCAAAAUGGAGUUCAUGUUACGCCCACAGCGCUUCUCGACGGUCUCAAAGACGACUCAGUAAGUUCUUCGUGGGGUAAAGAAGAAUGGGAAAAAUGGAUCUCGUGA